AACCGUAAGCUCUCCGAUCCACGCCCCCGCCCGCCACACAGCAGCGUUGGGAUAGGUAGGAAAUAUCCGUGGAGAGAUGGGCUGAAACUCGUUUCAGUAUAUCCGAAAAUAUUUCUCAAGCUGUCUAAAGCAUCCCGAACGAAGCGAAAUAUCAGCAGUGGAAUGAGCAGGCCGAUGCGAGGAGAUGCCUUACGUGGAUCGACAGAACCGGAUCUGUGGGUUCUUGGACAUCGAGGAGAAUGAGAACAGUGGCAAGUUCCUCCGACGCUAUUUCAUCCUGGACACCAAAGAGGGCAGCCUGGUGUGGUACAUGGACAACCCUCAGAACCUGCCCAAAGGAGCUGAAAAUCUUGGCUCCAUCAGACUCACCUAUAUCUCCAAGGUGAGUGAUGCGACCAAGCUGCGACCAAAGGCGGAGUUCUGCUUUGUCAUCAAUGCUGGUAUGAGGAAGUUCUAUCUUCAGGCCAAUGAUCAGCAGGAUCUGGUAGAGUGGGUCAACGUACUGAACAACGCCACCAAGAUCACGGUGCCAAAGUCGGGGGAUGCCCAGCCCACAGCCGAGAUGCCCCAUGAGGUGCCGGGUGCCAUGAAGCAGGUGUCCUACAAGACGGAGAUAAUAGGGGGAGUGCCCAUCACCACUGCCACUCAGACUGAGCAACUCCCUGUUGUUUGUCUUCUGGAACGUUUGAGCUGCGAGCAUAUCCUGUCUUGUGCUUCUAUCGCGGCUGAAAGUGAAAAGGAGCAGGGCGAUGGGGGCCAGAACGGAGUGGAGCGGGGCGGCCUGAGGAAGGCCCACAACCAGCUGCCCUACUUUCUGGGGCGAGGGGCACAGGAUCAGGCACUAAUCAAGGCUGGAUACUGUGUCAAGCAGGGAGCUGUGAUGAAGAACUGGAAGAGGAGAUACUUCUUGCUGGAGGAGAAUGCCGUCAGCUACUUUAAGUCAGACCUGGAGAGGGAGCCGCUUCGUGUGAUUCCCCUGAAAGAGGUUCACAAAGUCCAGGAGUGCAAACAGAGUGACUUAAGUCAGAGGGACAAUCUCUUUGAAGUUGUCACUAGCUCAAGAACCUUCUACAUUCAGUCGGACAGUCCGGAGGAGAUGCACAGCUGGAUCAAGGCCAUCUCAGGAGCCAUUGUGGCCCAGCGGGGCCCUGGGCGUUCAGCUGCUUCGGAGCACAGCGACCACUCCGUCACCAGCUCCCACUUCUACUGCAGCAGCAGCCAGGGGGGACCCCCCGUCCCUCGCUCGCCCGUCCAGGCAGAGCCCUACCGCCCCCAGCAGCAGAGGGGCCCGGGCCCACAGCCUGACCUGGGAAAGCAGGGACUUCAUGGGUCUGCUGCCUUGGCGGGGCCACCAGGGGAUGCCGCCGCCCCGCUCCCGCCUGUCCCUCCAGGAGACCCCACCGCGCCUGUCCAAGUGACGAGCGCCUCGCUGCGUUGCCACGCCAGCGCCCACGAGGAGGACCCGUCGCCGUGGAGACGCCGCAGCGAGGUUGAGGGUGGCCAGCUGGAACUGUCGUCUGUUGGCUUCGAGGACUCUGACCUGCACGUCAGCCGGGUGUGAGCCGCUAGCGCUUAACCGCGCCUCCCAGGACGCCCCUCAACCCCCCCUGUGCCCCCCCCCCUCCCCCUUCACCACACACAGGUGGACUGACACACAGAGCACUGGAUCGUAAUCACCAUUGGGAUGUGGGCAGCCAAUCAAAUAGGACCAAAAUGGAGGGGAACCAGUCAGAGCCAACCUCGUCCAGAUGAGGACCGGAAGUGGGGCGGUGUCCCUCCCCAUGUGCCCUGUUCCUCUCUUACCCCAGCCAAUGGCAUGAUGUUUCAGGGCAAGGAGACCUUAUCAGUUGAUGUUUUAUUUUAGUCCCUUGGUGUGUUGCGCUCUUUCUCUGUAUUGUUUGGUAUGACCCCUGAACAUCAUCCUGUCUCUAUUCCUGGGACUGGUUUCUAACUCGACUGAGAAACUCACUAAUCACUUUCCUUAUCCUCCCUGAUGUCACAUUGUGUUAUGCUGUCAUGGUUGAUGGACUCGAGGGGCAAUAUGUUAUUUUUUUAUUGAUAGUUAUGAAUUAAAACUAACUGUGGACAGUGAAGCAACCUCACUCAUAAAAAUGUAAAUGUGGAUGUACGUUAUGGAUUUCUAAUGUAUUUGCUUUUAAGCAGACUAUUUUUUCCCUUAUCCAAAGCAUGUAGCACCUAAUGAAACAUGCCACCAAAUCCUUAUAUCUUUAGCCUUUAAUCAGAUUAAAACUGUUUAUUCAGUUGUGUUUUAGAGAGAUACUGGGUCUUAUGUAUAGUUAUAGUUAUCCUUAGAUUGGCAUCAUUCAGAUUCUAUGCUUGGUUUAUAUUAUACUAGUAUAAAUACUUUUAUGUUUAUGUGCAAGAGAGUUAUGUUUUUCUUGUUUAUUCACUCACUGGCUCACACACACACACACACACACACAGAGACGCAUACAUGCUGUUGCAAGUGUUUUGCUAAAUGGAGUCUUGCACUGUCUAAUAUUCUGUGCCUGCCAAUGUUAGCAUGCGUUUGUCUAUGGACUUCUCCCUCUGGAGGUCAGAUGUGUACAUGGACAACACAUCUAUUCACAUCUAUAUAUAGGGCCUUUCUACUGGCAAUUUGUGAACACUGUGGGCAGAUCUGUUUCAUUUGUUCUUCAAAACUAAUAUACUGCUUUCCAAUGCAGUUAUUGUGUGUUUGUGUGUGUGUGUGUGUGUGUGUGUGUGUGUGUGUGUGUGUGUGUGUGUGUGUGUGCGAGCGUGCGUGCGUGCGUGCGUGCACAUUGGCAUACUGUGUCUGCAUUGCCAAUAUGGUGGACGGCUGGAGGACGGAGGGAGGGUUUGACUUUUAACUCUGAUUUCACCUCUCCCUGUAACCUGUUGUUACUGUGUUGCACAACUUCUACUGUAUAGCUGCUAAAGUGCCUGCAUUCUUUCUAUAGAGUUGAAAAAAAGAGAAGCUAUUUUGACCCUUUUAAUUGUGUACCUGAUGUUCUGAAUCAUGUGCAUUAUUUAUUAAGUGGAGUUUGAAAAUAAAUCUGUGAAUUCAA